AUGUGUACAUUGGGGAUUUGCACACCGAUAUUUUCCGAUGCCAUGAGAAAUAUGAGUGUCGAUCAGAGAUCGAAAGACGAUACGCAGUUGCUAACGACAGAGCUAGGUGAUCGAGUUCGCUACGGGCCAAACAGACUUCUCAUAAAUACAGACGAGGCGUUCAAGGGAAUCUAUGGCCAUGGAAAGAAUGUUCGCAAAUCAAAGGGAUAUCUUCGUAUCUCUCUUGUGCCAGGAGUACACCCAACAUUGGGCACAAUGGACGAUAGGGAGCAUGGCAAGCUAAGAAGGCUUCUCAACCAAGGACUAUCAGACUCCCACUUUCGCGCGUUUGACUCAGAGAUGUGUCGACUGGCACUGCUCUUCGCUUCUAGCCUUGGCAAACGCCAGGAUACCUUUGAUCCGACCCUUGAAGCCGGCGAAGAUCAAUGGAGUGCUCCCAAAAACCUUGCUGAAUGGAGCGACUUCUUCACAUUCGAUGUCAUGUCGCAAUUAGUUUUCGGCAUGUCCUAUCACAUGCUCACCGAUGCUACCAAUCAUUGGAUCAUUGACGGCGUACUUGGGCAAAUGCGGCGCGUCAGCUUCCUGACUACGCUUCCUGAGUUGCAGGAAAUGCGCUUCCAUCACAUACUAUUUCCAGAAGCUCGCAAAAAAGCGAUUCGUUUCUCAGGGAAAAGUCGAGAAAUCCUAGAAACAAGACGUGCACGUGAAAAGACCGAUACCGACGGCUUCAAAGACGACCUCUUCUCCAAGCUGCUGACUGCCAAGGAUCCCGAAACGGGUGAAAGCUUGUCGCAAGCUCAACUAUGGGCAGAGAGUAACCUGCUGAUCAUAGCUGGAUCCGAUACCUCAUCCACUGGCAUCGCGGCGCUGUUCUUUUAUCUUUCACGUAAUCCUGAAGCCUAUUCUAGAGUCACGCGAGAAGUUCGUGAAACAUUUCUCUCCAACGACGAAAUAUCACAAGGCCCCAAGCUCUCAUCAUGCACUUAUCUUCGCGCAUGUAUCCAAGAAGCACUGCGACUCAAUCCUGCUGCCAGCGGCGCCAUGUGGAGAGAAGCACGAGCCGGUGGUCUGGACAUUGUGGCCGAGAACAUUCAUAUACCAGCAGGAUGCGAAGUUGGUACAGGUAUCUUCUCACUAAACCAUAACGCGGUUUAUUACCCAGAACCGUUUGCAUACAAGCCAGAGCGCUGGAUUGCAAGCGAGUCCGGUGAAGAAUCGGUAGCAAAGGCUAAAGCGGCGUUUGCUACGUUCUCGGUUGGACCACGUAACUGCGUCGGCAAGAAUCUGGCGAUGAUUGAAAUUAGUCUGGCUGCAGCUGCAGUUAUACGUCAGUAUGACUUCCGUCAAGCAAAUUCAUCAUUGGGCAAGGUGGGAGACGGCGUCGGUACCGAGAAGGGUGUGUACCAAACAAUCUGGGCAUUCACGAGCUUGAAACAGGGUCCAUACCUUCAGUUUAGGCCGGUUACUUCGAACGGUGUGUAAUAGAGCCAUAUCGGCAUGGAGUAACUCUGUCCCACAUGAACCCUCCCUGUUGUCAGCAGAUUGCGGAUUGCUAUUCCGUUAGAAAAUCAAGUAAUAGCGAAAAGCGCGAU